AGCAUCGAGUUCGCCAUUGAGCAGAAGCGCCUCGAGUGCGUGUCCGACAUCCUCAUGGUCGGCAACGACAUCCAGAUGGUCGUCGGCACGUCGUACAUGAUUUCGGCCUUUGCCAACAUUAACCAGAUGGACGUCUAUCACUUGCACCUGGUGUUUGACAUUGUCAGCUUCGUUGGAGUCUCAAGCGCCGCGGCCCUCGUCUGCUGGACUUACUGCAACGUCCGCCUCCAUCGCGCCUCUCACGCCCACGACUGGGCCCAUCAUCUCUUCGAGCGCCACUUGGCCUGCUUCCGCUCCCCCCAUUUCACGCCUCGCCACCGCGCAACGUACCUCUUCGUCUCGCUCUAUCUCGUCCUCACCAUCCUGCUCUGCGUCGCCCUCGACAACUGGGCCCUGGACAGGCCCCCCGGCCGCUGCUACUUUUCGCAUCUCGUCACCAGCUCCGGCGCGCCUCAUCCGAUGAGCGACAAAGUCUACGUCUCGUUUACCGCUUCGUGGAUGAUGCUCGUCAUGAUGGCCGCUGCCUUGUCUGGCGCUCGCUGGCGGCACACCAUUCUUGUUCUCGCGUUUCUGCAGUUCCCCGUCCACUUAUACAUGGCGCUGGCCUUGAGAUCCGCCAACCAGGGCAAGUUGGAUGGAGGCGGAUAUGAAAACGGCUGGGAUUUCGGCCAAACUACCGCUGUCAUCUUGUUGGCUGUAGCAGCGAGGGAAGUCUUCGACAAGGGCCUCGAGUACUUCUUCUUCGAGAAGGACUUGAAGAAGAGCAGAGCCCUAUCCAACAGAAACGGCAAAAGGGACGGG